CCCCCUUCCCCUCGCCUCUCCCCGACACCAGCCCGCCCGCGGUGUGUCCCAGCAAGAUGUCAGGCCACCGCCCCGGCCGGCUGUCGCAGGCCAAUAAGUCCUUCAAGUCUCGCCAUGCUACCAAGGGCUCCAUCAAGGCGGAGAACCGUGGUCGCGUUGAGCGCGACGGCAACGGCCCGAAGGCCAAGCUGACCGCCUCCAAGAACAACCGCCGGAACAUGGCCCGGCUGGCCCAGCGCGAGAAGCGCAUGCACAUCGCCUCAAUCAGCCGUAAGCACGGCGGCCCGGGCGGCGCGCCCCGUGUCAUCGCCAUCGUCCCCCUGUCGGAUAAUCUGGACCCCCGUGGCAUCUGGUCUUCCAUCCUGGACCACCCGCUGGUGAAGGUUCACCGCGGCGAUCCCGAGUCCUCCGAUCCCGUCACCUUCAGCGUGGACAAGCUGGCCAACUCCAUCAUGACCCUGCUGCAUGUCCCCCAGCGCGAUAUCUACGGCAUCAUCGAUGCCCUGAAUGUGGCGGACUUCGUCAUCUUCGCCCACGACUCCACCGAAAGCUCCAGUGAGUUUGGCGAGACCCUCAUCUCCACCCUCUUUGCCAUGGGCCUCCCCUCGGCCGUCCACGUCGUCGCCAACACCUAUGCCGACGAGAUGACCCCGAAGCAGUGCCUCGAUGCCCACAAGGCCACGGUCAAGUACAUUGAGAACCGCUUCCCGGCCGACGAGCAGCGCGUCUUCGGCGUCAACACCGAUGCCGAGGUGCAUGCUCUCCUGCGGGCCCUGUCGCAGACCCUGCCGCGCGCGGUCACCUGGCGCGAGAUGCGCCCAUACAUGCUGGUCGAGCGCUUCGUCCCGUACAUCCAGUCGCCGGAUUCGACCACCGCCUCGGUUAAGAUGUAUGGGUACCUUCGCGGCUGGCCGAUGGCCGCCACCCAGCUGGUGCACAUUCCCAACGCCGGUGACUUUGAGAUCUCCCGCAUCGAGUCCGCCCAGCCCAACGGCCCGGCCACGCAGUUCGACCCGAUUGUUGGCGAUGUCCCGGAGGAGGUGGGCUUCGACGUGCUGGAUGCCUCAAAGCCGGAGGACCGCGAUGACAUGAUCGAGGUGAACACCGUGAUGGACGAGUUCGACGAGCAGAACAACCUCGGUGAUGAGGACGAGUUUGGCGACCACGAGGACUUCGGUGGCUUCGUGGACUCGAGCCAGUUCUCCGCCAACGAGGUGUUCGAUGGUGAGGACUAUCGCAAGAGCCGGACUCGCCGCGUGCCCAAGGGCAUGUCUUCCUACCAGGCGGCCUGGAUUGUGGACUCCGACUUCGAGGACGGCAGCGAAGAUGACGAGGACCUCGUCUCGUACCAGGCCAAGGCCCCGACCGGUGGCGACCAUGUCCUCCCCGGCGAGGAGCUCGGCGACUACACCCCCCAUGAGCAGGAGGAGCUGGACAAUGUGGUUGUCGAGGACCGCCACGUGGCCACGGACCUUUCUCCGGAGGAGGAGAAGCGUCAGCUGGAUCUCUUCCUGGCCCAGCGCCAGGAGGAGCGCUCGGCCCAGAUCGAGGCGGCCGAGGAUGACCUGCACUUCCCGGACGAGAUCGACACCCCGCUGGGUGUCCGCGCGCGUGAUCGCUUCAGCAAGUACCGCGGUCUGAAGAGCUUCCGCCACUCUCCGUGGGACGCCUUCGAGAACUUGCCGGUGGAGUACUCGCGCAUUUUCGACUUCGAGAACUUCGCCCGCACCCAGCGCCGCGUCAUGCAGGAGUCCGCCGAGUUCCCGGUGUCCCCCUUCGAUUAUGUGGCCAUCACCGUGGAGGGGGUUCCCCUGUCCUUCCUGGAGGAGCGCCGUGCCCUGGACGACCUGCCCGUGACCCCGGUCCUGUCGCUGUAUGGUCUGCACCGCCAUGAGCGCAAGCUGUCGGUGCUGAACUUCGCCCUGACCCGCCACUCGGCCUCCGGGGACCACCACAUCGCCAACAAGGACGAUGUGGUGAUCGUUUGCGGCCCGCGGCGCAUCACCGGCCGGCCGGUUUUCUCGGACGAUGGCGGCGGCGACAAGCACCGGAUGCGGCGCUUCCUGCAGCCGGCCUUCUCCGGCAGCGUGGUGGCCUCGGUCAUUGCUCCGGUCACCUAUCUGCCGGCCCCGGCGCUGUUCUUCCACGACCAGGGCCCCGGCCGUGUGCCUAUUCUCCUGGCCACCGGGUCCCUGCGCGAGGUGAACCCCCGCCGUGUGGUGGUCAAGCGCAUUGUCCUGACCGGUCAGCCGUUCAAGGUCCACCGGAACACCGCCACCGUGCGGUACAUGUUCUACACCCCGGAGGAUGUCCGCUGGUUCAAGCCCGUGCAGCUCUACACCAAGAACGGUCGCAUCGGUCAUAUCAAGGAGUCCCUCGGUACUCAUGGCUACAUGAAGUGCUUCUUCAAUGGGCCUCUCAAGACCCAGGAUGUGGUGUGCAUGAGCCUUUACAAGCGCGUGUUCCCCGUUUGGCGGUCGGAGUCCUUCACGUAUGACCGCAUCCGUGCGGCCGACGCCGAGGAUGAUCCCGAGGACGAGGAGGACGAUGGCGAGCGUAUGAUGGUGGCUGGUGACGAUGACGGCGGCGACCCGAUGCUGGCCGAUGACCUGACCAUGGCCAUGGACUCCGACUAAAAAGGUGGCCUCCUCCCGCCGGCGGGGCGGUACUACUACCACCACAUGCAUGUGUCCAUGCGUGCCAUGGCAUGUAUCUGUGUGGUGUCCCCUCGCGGAGGAGGCCCAUGCCGAUAGACGCGGCCUCCUCCCCAAAAGACAUACUUGUGCACACACACACGCACACGCCGCUUUCCAGAUCUACCUCCCCCACGACGCAUGUGCAUGCCCUGCCGCCGCUGCAUCUCCCCCCUCCCCCCCAUGCUAAACGCGCAUGUGUACGGACUUAUGCCACCCAUCAUUCCUAGCUGUGAAAUAUAAAACACCAACUCAUGCGCAUA